AUGGAGUGCUCUUCUUCUCUCCCAAAGCGCCCUCUCCUCCUCUCCCUCGCCUUCUCCCUCCUCCUCGUCCUCAUCCCUUCCGCGGAGGCCGCCGCCCCUGCCGCUCCCGCCGUCCUCACCUACCACAACGGCCCCCUCCUCACCGGAAACGUCAACCUCGCCCUUGUAUGGUACGGCCAGUUUGGCCGCACCCAAAAGAUCGUCAUCCGCCACUUCCUUAAGUCCUUGAACUCCUACGGGAACGCGAAUCUUGAGCCGCGCGUGUCCGGGUGGUGGCGCACAGUCGAGAGCUAUGCCGCCGCUGCCGGCGGUGGCCACGGGAGGAGCCCCGGGAUCAAGGUCAAGGUAGUGAGGCAGGUCAGUGACACGGGGUACUCCGUGGGAAAGAUCAUCACCGCAGAUUUUAUUCCACAAUUGGUGCAGAAGGCUUCCGGCGGAAACCCUAAUGUUGUUGUUGCUAUUUUCACCGAUAGAAUGGUGUCCGUACAAGGACUCUGCAUGGGAAAAUGCUCACUACAUGGAGCUGUUGGAAAUGGUCCGAAGAAGCAGCCCUACAUUGUGGUGAUGAAUCCGGAAACGGAGUGCCCAGGGGCGUGCGCGUGGCCAUUCCACAAGGCGGACGAUGGGCCGAACGGUCCGGUGUUCCAACCUCCAAAUGGCAACGUGGGUGCUGACUCCAUGGUGAUCGCCUUGGCCUCGGGACUCGCCGAAGCCGUCACCAACCCCUUCAACACAGGGUUCUUUCAGGGUGAAAUCUCUGAACCCAUUGAGGCGGCCACAGCCUGUUCCGGCAUCUUCGGGAGCGGUGCAACUGCCGGAUACACCGGUAAGGUUCGAAUUGACCCAAAGAGUGGUGGAGCAUUCAAUGCACACGGUGUGAAUGGGAAGAAAUUCUUGCUCCCAGCAGUGUGGAGCCCGAAAACAAAGUCCUGUUGGACUACCAUGUAA